AAGUGCCGUUUACAAUUCGGUGGUCUGGGUUGGGAAUAUCUAUUCAACGAAUAGGUGGGUGAAAAAUUUCCUCUGAUUACCCUUUCUUUCUCACAUCUGAAGCUUUCCUAUUUCUCAUUCUUCUUCCCAUUUCCUCUGAGAGCAAUACGUUAGCAAUUUGGCACUGACCCUCGCCUGUGGUAGUCUAAAUCCCAGCACCUUCCCACCGGAAACAGUCGAGUUAUGGUGGCAACUGCUUCACUGGUGAGAGCCAGCCAACACUGGGUCUUUGUCUCCAUCUCCUACCUGUCUUAGAAAUAGAAAGGAGAAAAAAAAAUGGCGAAGAAAGCUUCAAAGUCGAAAAAUGAUCGUUCAUCUUCAACCUACGUUACUUCCGCUAAGAACCCAUCAACAGCCUCCAAUCAGUAUUUCUCUCUUACCCUUUUGCUUUAUAGUAUUUUUUGCAGAAUAAAUUAUGGCUUUCUUAGUUUGUUUUGCUUGUAAGGAAUUUUUGGGGUUAACAAUAGACACUUUUGCUUGAAAAAAAAUUGUUAGUCAAACGGCGUUAAGGGUAAAAUGAAGUGAGAACAUGAAGAAGACAGCUGAAGAGAGUGUUGUUAGCGAGAGAGAAAAGAGACCCAAGUCGAAGUCAAGACUCAAAUCGAAGCUGAAGAAGAAAACAAAAAUCGAAGAUAAAAUGCCUAAGAAACCCUCCACUGCUUUCUUUUACUUCUUGGAGGAUUUUCGUAAGGAAUUUCAAUAGCAGAAUCUGGACAUCAAGUCAAUGCGCGAUGUGGAGAAAUGUAUGGCAAGAUUGCAAGAGUUGUAGUUAACGGUUGCAAGAGGGUCUAAGGUUAUAUCAGGGGUGAGUUUAAGUCCAAGAAGUACUAGGGGUUAUAUGAGGACUAGUCUCAAAUGCAAGCAAGAGUCCUUGAGGAUAAAGAACUCUACUCCAAGGAAAUCACCAGUUGGGAAGUUUCCAUCCACUGCAGGAGGUGAAUGUAGGAGAAUAUCAUUACCAACAAUGUUAGUAGGGGAAACAGUGGGUGAAAUACUUCAAGCAAAUCAAUUUGCAAGACAGAUCCUAGCUGUUGUUGAUAACAAAACCAAGAAUACUUCUAAGGAUCCUAAAACUCCAUUGACUGAACACAGGAAGCAAAGAUAUCAAUUUUUAAAGUCUCUGAUGGAAAAGGAUGAUUCGAAAUGCGGGCAGAAUGCGGUGGUGGAGAGGAAAACCGUAUUAGUCCCGAAAAGUGAGACCAUAGUUCAUGCAAUUGUUACAAAUGUUAAAACAUUUGACUACUAAUUAAGCAAUGGUGAUAUGAAGCCAAUAAAAGAAGGUUUGAAUGGUUUGAAAACAACUCGGAAGCAGCGAUCCAAAAGACGCAAGUGAAAAACGAGACUGUAGAGACUUGAGAGACAAAAGUGUUUGUAUAUGAGGUAAAAUUGGACUAGGUGGAGUGUGUUAUAUAUAUGUAUAUGGGACUGAGUGAAUUUUGAUAGGUAUUAGCACUCGGGUCUCUAAAAGCCAACAUGGUUAGUGUAACAUCAUCACCCAGUUUUAUAGGGACAAGAUUUUGGAUAUUAUCACAAACGUUUUAAGGCCUAUUAACUUAUGGCGUAAAUUUUAAGCACAAUCCCUAUAUUAUUGUAUAACCAUAGAUACAGCCCUCAAUCUUUACCAUUUUGGUUAAUUUAGCCUGUAACAUUUCCCUUUUAUUUCUUCUUCAAUUCUAUUAAGAUUCUACCAGAAAACAAUUUCACA